AUGGUUGCGACCUUCUCGCCGCACCGCGACUCAGGUGGAACCCUUCAUCUUCCAUCGCACUCGGGCAUCCAUCACGUUGAUGCUAGUUCCGCCAUCCGCCAGCUUCGGCGCUCUUUGUCGCGCUCGCCCUCCAAGAGCUCCAACUUCUUCCUCAACACCCGCAAUCAAUCACCUUCCAAAUCGACCUACAUCUCUUCUUCCCCUAUCUCCCUCUCGCCGUUCCACUCAGAGCAACUUUGUGCUCUUCCCUUCAUCUGUCCGGCCAAACGCGCUCUCGCUGUGUCAGCGGACAGCGGUAACGCCACUCCAUCUCAACUGAUUGCACCACCGCCAGGAGAAGAAAAUGACCUGACCCUCGACGAUUUGGCUGAUCCUACCGACGACUCGAUUUGUACGAAUUUUGGUAUAUCAACUACCCCAGCUGCGCCGCAGAGUGAAACUCCCUUCGCGCCUCGUUCUACACUCUCGCGCAUCGAAAAGCGGCGAAGUGGGACGUUUGGCUCAUUUGCGACAGUCAGUCCUCUGAAGCGAAGUGACGGCAUUAUGAACCUCGACCAGGCCUCUCGAGGGAGUCCCUCUGCGAAGCGACGCAGCAUGCACGCGCCCAACUUCACCGAUUUUAGUAUAUUUGAUAACAACUGCGAAACUGCGCCUCCAAGCCCGACAGAAGGCGAAUCCCCAUCUUUCCCUACUCCCAUUCAACCAUUCAGUCCCUUCGCCACUAUCCCCAAGCGCUCCUCCUCUCUGCGACGCUCGACUUUGCAACAGAGACAGGGAGAACGACCUCUGUUUGGCAAACCCCGCGGCCCUGGGGACGGAGAUAUGUCUCCGGGAACUCCAUUGGCACAACCUUUUCUCACCACGACCCCCAGCCAGUCCUCUCUUCUCCCCCCCACCAUAACAACGCUCCUCCUGCCCUCCAUGUCACCACUCAGGCCCCCCCGACCUACCGCCCACCCUCUCUCUCGAACAAUCACUCAGUCCUCUUCCGGCUCCAGUUUGGAUGACUCGCCAACUCAUGAGCCGACACACAAAUCGGGUCCGCCGCGCCCCAUCUUCAAUUUCUCCAAGUCGCUCCCUGCUGGUGCGACUCGCCCAGCCCCCGUGCGACGGUUGACCCGCGAAGAUUCUGGAGAAUUCGCGACACCAAACAACUACAAACUGGUGAAGCCUCUGCCCGCUGCAUUUAUGUCAACCGGGUUGAUCUCCAAGAAGAAUCGCAAUGCAGAAGACCCCAGUGGUGCUAGUUUUAGCAAGAACAUGCCUGACACACCUUGCAAACGACCCGUGAAUCUGUUCACUGCGGGACCAAACCCACCACCAGAGCGCCUGUUUGAUAAAUCCCAAUCCCGACUUAGGGAGUCCGAGACUGUACCUGAAUCACCUUUUAACCCAACUCCGUUCGUCGCACGGUCGAAGCCUGGACCGUUCGCCAAAGGAAUGGGCAUCUUUGGCAACUCCUUCAACCGCCCCGAGGUCUCUCGCCGUGGAAGUUUCGUCAGUAUUGACGGCGAUGAGAUGCAGGCUGAAUCUCCAUCCCGGCCUGACAGCCAACCACUCACUGAUUCUGACUUCCCUCCUACUCCCACCAAACAAACCUUCCUUCCCUCGGUCACUUACCCUCCUUCGACUUCCCAAUUCGCCUCACUCGAGCGGUUGUCAGAACCCAAUUCAAGCGGUCACUCCACACCCUUGCGUGAGCGCUUCUUGCAAGCCACGCCUCAAACUCCCCGCGAUCAAUACUUCCCUCCGGACCCGAGCGGAUUGUCUAUAUCUGUACCAAAUGAUCAGUCACAUCCCCCUGACUUCGGCAGCUCCACCAACUCGAACGGUCUUCCCGCCACCCCCACCGGGCCCCGAGAGUCCUUACUUGCCAGCAAGCGCCCUAGUCUUUCGUUGAGUGGAUACCAAGCUCCCGAUGUGGAUCCCAGCUUGACUGCACGCUUCGAGAAGGUUGAGCUUGUGGGAACUGGUGAGUUCUCAAAGGUCUUCCGAGUUGGUCAACCGCACGACGCCUCCGUCCCGUCGGUCUUUUCGCUUCCCUCUAGCGAUCCAAAGUCGCCCAUCGACUUGCCUCAUCAGGUGUGGGCUGUGAAAAAGAGCAAGCAGCCUUAUUCUGGUCUUAAAGAUCGUGAACGUCGCAUUCGCGAGGUCGAAGUGCUCAAGACUAUGACCAACACUGACCAUGUGAUUCACUUUGUCGACAGUUGGGAAGACUUUGGUCACCUGUACAUCCAAACAGAAUAUUGCGAAGAAGGUAGCUUGGAUGUCUUCCUUGCUCAGGCUGGCCUGAAGGCUCGUUUGGAUGACUUCCGGAUUUGGAAGAUUUUGCUGGAGCUCUCGUUGGGAUUGAAGCACAUCCAUGACCGGGGCUUCAUCCAUCUUGACCUCAAGCCUGCUAAUAUCCUGGUGACCUUUGAAGGUGUCCUCAAGAUCGCCGACUUUGGCAUGGCUGCUCAUUGGCCAGCCCAGGACGGCAUCGAUGGUGAAGGUGACCGUGAAUACAUCGGACCUGAGAUCCUGAUGGGCCGAUUCGACAAGCCUGCUGAUAUCUUCUCCUUGGGUCUUAUUGUGUUUGAAAUUGCCGGUAAUGUGGAGCUGCCAGACAACGGGGUAUCAUGGCAAAAGCUUCGCAACGGUGAUAUGAGCGAUGUUCCCAGCCUGACCUGGAGCUCGGAAACGAGUAUCUUCCGCGAUGCAUCUGGAAACCCAGUUUCCGAAGAAUCAUCGUUUGAGGAUCUCUGCGCUUCGGAUCUAGGUGUCGAUGAUUUUGGCGACGACUUCCUUACAAGUCGCCAACUGAACGCUCCAAAGCCCUCGCGGCUUGCCCGCAGCGGCGAACUUGUCGAUCCGCCCGACUUCAUGAUCAAUGCUCACCACGCUCAAGCGCUCGACAAGAUUGUCGGGUGGAUGAUCUCCCCCGAGCCCCGUGACCGACCCACGGCGGAUCAGAUUCUCGAAACCUACGGUGUUCAAUUCGUGAACCAGCGUCGGCGUGCAGGAGCUACCGUCUUCGAAGGCAAUUUUGGCCCUGCCGACGAGAUUCUGGCCGAAGACGCCGAAAUGAUCGAUGUGUAA